AUGAGAAAUUAUUUCUACGGUAAAAACAGAUACAAAUGGAGCAAGACACCUCCACAUCCGUCUCGUAUUCGACAGCACAACAUCAUCGAAGAGUGCGCUGGUUUGAAAGGACCUGCCCUUAGUAAAAACGAAAUGUCACUAGUAGAAACUUGGGAACUUUUGAUUACCGACGACAUUAUCCAAGCUAUAGUAUUGUAUACUAAUCAAAAACUAGAAGCUAAAUAUAUUCCACCAUUGGUGCGGCCCUACUACGCCUAA